AUGCAACCUCUCUGGAGGCCUCGAACUCCUCCCGAGAAGACGGCUGCGAGACCUCUCGCGAGCAAGCAGCUAUUUUGCACGCAGUAUAUUCUGGACUCUUCCUGGUUUGAUUGGAAGAAGGAGAAGCUCUACCACCCUAUUAAACAGGUUAUUAUUCGAGCUAUGGGUAGUUUAAACGCAAACCAGAGGGGCAUGAUUCGGUUUUACGAAGCUACAGAAGGGACGCUUCCCCAACAGUCGAAGCAGUUGUGCGGCUACUACCUGAUGGUAUACUUGGAGCUUCUGGCCGCUGAUCCUGAUGCUCUACUAAAAAGGCAUACUAAACAGAAGCAGGGCCGCCUGGUUACCGAAUCUGGUCGUCUAAUGUUUGAUGGUGAUCUAGGGUACCUGGCACGCGGUGUGAGCUUAACUUGA